UGCAGUAUACGACUUGACGUGUGCUUGUAUCGAAGCGAUCUGAAACAGUUAUGUACAAUCCGACCAGUUCACCAGGCUGGCUCCCGGACUCGACUUUGACUCUUCGCAACCUUCAACCUUACCUUGUAAAUGAGGUCCCAGCAUCCCAAAUUGAAUAAGCUGUAUUAAACAGUUUCCAAUACAGGCAUUCCAUGUAAAUCAAAUACAGUACUACCAGAGCUAUUAGCAUGCCUUUAAAUCUAUUCAGCCGAAGUUUUUCACCAGGCAAGUCUCCUCCUAGGAGAUCUGUUUCACUUUCAAGUUUAAAAAGAGAAUCUGAUAAGACUGGUCAAGAUAUCUCUCACGAUUUCAGCAAGAUUAAACUCAAUAUUGGUGGACAGAAUGCAACUUUUGAAGAUGGAGAAUGGAUCUCGGGAGGAGGAUCAAGAGGUCGUAUGAAUAAUCGUGAGGUAGCACGACUUCAACAGCAAAAUCAGACACUGCUGGAGGAAAAUAACUUGCUAAAACUCAAGGUGGAGCUGCUGCUUGAUAUGCUUACAGAAAAAUCUGCCGAUACUUUAAUGAAAGACAAAGAGAUCAGUCGACUGAAAUCAAGAAAUUCUAAGUGGAAUUAGUGGCAUGUUACAUUUGACACUUUGUUGCAAAAUACAUUCAUGAUCAUACAGUACUGUACUUGUAUACUAUUUGUUUUUCACAUUGUAAUUUGAAUUUUGUAUUAUAUAUUUUGAGCUGUCAAUUUGAUCUAUCAUUCAUUAUUAUUGUGUUUAUUAAGUUGUAUGUAACAUACUGUACUGUAUAUUGAAUGGCACACUUUCUCAGUGUAUUAUGAACAUAUAUUCUUUCAUAAUUUUCAGAAUUGGAGCAUAGUACAGUGUCACCUCAAAAAUCCAGACCUCAGUAUAGCAAAUUUCAUAAAAAUCCAGACCAAAUUUGUCCACCAAAUUUUCCUCCAAAUCUGUCCACCAGAGUUUCUUAAAAAAAAAAAAAAUCUGAUGACAUGGUGAAAUCUGGAUCGUAGGUUUAUCACAUCAAAUAAUUUCCAUAUUUUUUUUCAUAUUUCUGGGGAAUCCCCUUAGGCUCCCUGAAGUUAUCUUGCUGAGAUGGCUCCCAACUACUAGGUCACUUUAGCCAUGGAGUUCUGUUCGGCUCACUGGGGACCAUGAGCCAGAACCUGGCUUCCCUCCUCAAGGUGCAGAGAAUGGGUGACACUCCACCACCCGACCAAGAAAGUAUCCUUCGAUGAUGCCGUUUGUGGUUAUGAAGUACGGUGUGAAAGGCUUAGUACAUGAAAUGAGUAUGUAUGUGCAAUGAAAAGCAUUGUACAUGCUGUACAGUACUAUAACCUUAUUCUGCUACCAACUGCGUUCCAGAAAUAUAAGGAAAAAAAUAAAUAAAUAAAUAUAGAUUUUUACAUUAUAAAUAAUAUUUAUACCCCACUAUUGUUUUUAUAUUAUUUGCAUGUUUAAACAUGCAUAAUAUAUACUGGUAAAUACAGUAUGCAUCAACAUGUAUUGUAUCAUUUGUUAUAAGAAAAGUCCAUAAAAUUUGUUGUAAAUAGAAAAUAUGGGCUAAAUUGAUAAAAAUCUGGGUGUUGCACAAAUCUGACUUGGGUCCAGAACGAUUUAAUCUGAAUUUUUAAGGUGCACCUGUACUGUGCCGUACAAUAUUUGCUUGACUGGCAUUAGAAUCUCUCGUAUUUAUAUGUUUAAAAUACAGUAUUAUUAUUAAUAUGCAA